CUCUCUCUCUCUCUCUCUCUCUCUUUGCCUCAGUGUUAUUUUUUUGUUGUUUUUUUUGCAGGAAAAUGGCUGAGGCCAGUAUUUCAGUAGAUCAGGACCAGUUCAGCUGUCCAGUCUGUCUGGAUCUCCUGAAGGAUCCGGUGACUCUCCCCUGUGGUCACAGUUUCUGUAAGGUGUGUAUUAAUGGCUGCUGGGAUCAGGAGGAUCAGAAGGGUGUCUACAGCUGUCCUCAGUGCAGAGACACUUUCACUCCCAGGCCUGUUCUACGCAGAAACAACAUGCUGGCUGAAGUGGUGGAGAAACUGAAGAAGAAGACUGAACUCCAAGCUGCUUCUCCUGCUCACUGUUACGCUGGACCUGGAGAUGUGGAGUGUGAUUUCUGUACCGGGAGAAAAUGCAAAGCUGUCAAGUCCUGUCUGAUGUGUCUGGCUUCUUACUGUGAAAUUCAUCUUAACUCACAUCUAGAACAUCCUGCUUUGAAAAAACACACAUUAAUUAAAGCUUCUGCAAAACUACAAGAGAAGAUCUGCUCUCAACAUAACAAGCUGAUUGAGAUCUACUGUCGUACUGAUCAAACCUGCAUCUGUUAUUUGUGUAUGACGGAUAAUCACAAAGGUCACGACACCGUCACAGCCACAGCAGAAAGAGCUGAGAAAGAGAAUGAGUUAAAGGAAGAGCAGAUGAAAUCCCAGCAGAGAAUCCAGGAGAAGCAGAAGAAGGUGCAGGAGCUGAAACAGGCUGUGAGCACUAUAAAGUUCACUGCACAGACAGCAGUGGAGGACAGUGAGAUUAUCUUCACUGAGCUGAUCAGCUCCAUGGAGAAAAAGCGCUCAGAGGUGACGGAGCUGAUCAGAGCUCAGGAGAAGGCUGAACUGAGUCGAGCUGAACGACUCCUGGAGCAACUGGAGCAGGAGAUUGCUGAUCUUCAGAGGAGAGUCACUGAUCUGGAGCAGCUUUCACACACACACGAUCACAUCCAUUUCCUCCAGGCUUUAGCUUCUGGACGUCACUCUCCCCCAUGGGACAGACCAACGUUUCACACGUCCAACAUCACUGUCCAUCAACAUCUCUCAUUUGAUGGAGUGAGGAAUUCUCUCUCAGAACUGAAGAAGAGACUUGAGGAAUUCUGUGAGGAGGAAUUCAACAAAAUCCCUCCACAUGCUGCAGCAGUUCAGAUCAUUUUACUACCAGAGAGCAGAGAAGAUUUUCUGAAAUAUUUCUGUUAUCUGACUCUGGAUCCCAACACAGUACAUCGUAAACUCAUUCUGUCUGAGAAGAACAGAGCGGUGAGAUACAGUGUGAAAGAGCAGCAGUACUCUGAUCAUCCAGAGAGAUUUGCCUCCUGGUAUCAGGUGUUGUGUAAGGAGAGUGUGUGUGGACGCUGUUACUGGGAGGUGGACUGGAGCAGUGAUGGUGGUGUGUUCAUUUCAGUCUCAUAUAAAGACAUCAGCAGGAAAGGACGGGGUAAUGAGUGUGUGUUUGGAUACAACAAUCAGUCCUGGAGUCUGCGGUGUUCUUCUUCUUCUUCUCUCUGUUUCUAUCACAACAAUAUUAAGGCUGAGCUUGGAGUUCCAUCAUCCUCCAGAAUAGGAGUGUAUGUGGAUCACAGUGCAGGAACUCUGUCCUACUACAGCGUCUCUGACACGAUGAAGCUCCUCCACAGAGUUCACACCACAUUCACUCAGCCUCUGUACGCUGGAUUUGGGUUCUACUCAUUUUCUGCUGUGAAAUUGUGUGAUCCAAAAUAAAGUGUGUAGUGUUUUAUGUAAAAUUUCUGCACAUUGUCACAUUGUUGCUCAGUCAUCUGUCUCACUAGCACACAAUCCAUCUGCGCAAAAACACAGUCACUCCUGUGUGUUUAUUGAGACUGAUGAUUUCAAUGGUGUCUUUUACCAUUGUGGUUCUUAUUUAUGUAUGUAACCUUGGGUACAUUUGGAUUACUAAAGAUAUUACUGAUUGACAUUAUAUUUGAUUAAUAUCCAUGUACAUGUUUUAAUAGGACACAUACAAGGUUUGCGUUUGUAUGUAACUGCACUUUAAGAGCGAGAACCUUUUAUAUUGUUUGUAUGCAAAUAUGGUUAAGAAAGCAAUCCCUAUCUGAUUGGCUGUAAAAGUUAUAGUCCCGCCUCCCUACUGGAAGAAGGAUUCUUAUUGGAUGGUUGAUUUAUCAUUCAGGGGGAGAACAGGUGAAGCAGCGGACUCUUUAGCAAAGUUGUUAUUUUGUUUGUAUGCUGGGAGUUUUCAGCAGUGUGACGACCCAUGCGUUAUGUGCGUCCUCCGUGGGUUGAAUUGUGCAAUGGCUCCGCCUUCCAACUGAUUGUUCCUGGAUGGGAUCAUUGAGGACACCUGCUGUUGGUUUCCUGCCCUACCUUUUAAAAAGCAGUAUGGCAAUUGGCCAGGAGCGAGCUGCACUAUGGACGUGGUUUCAUUUGGGUUUCGUUUAAUCUUGUUUACUUUAUACAUCCAACACUGCUACGGUCCAUUACACUUUCAUGCAUACACCUAACUUUACACUACUGAUUCCUGACUAGUUCAUGUUACGUUGUUUCUUUUUUGUAUAGUUUUCUUCUGUUAAUAAAUUUUGUACAUUAUUUGCACUUUCUUGUGUGUCCCCGUUUUUGUUACGUCCUUCUUGAGCCAUGGGGGCGUAACAAGUGGGGGCUCGUC